CCUCUUCGUUUUAUGCAUUUAGUUAUUUUCAAAAGAUGACUCAGCGUACAUCCAGUAUGCUGGUAUCGCAAUCAUGACGCAAGUCGAGGACUUUUCAAGGAUAUGUCUCUCUUUCUUUUUUUUCCUUGAAAUAGAAUCUGUAAAAGUCUCGAAUGCCUGCCUCAAUGUACGCCAUUGUUCAACUUGUGUGUGGAGUUAUUUAGCAUCAAGGUCAAGCUGGCAGAGGUGAGAGAAAUAUCUACAGUCUCCAUGUGACUCAUGGCCAUUUUCACCAACAUAACUGUUAAUGAGGCUGAUCUUUGUGGAAUUUCUUUGGUCCGCUAAGUCUCAGACUCUGACUUCUCUCCCUGAAAAAGCUGAUGACCUUGGCUUGUUAGAUUCAUUAAAGCUGUUGACAUCUUAAGAGGGUUGGAUCAUUGAGUAAGUCUCUCCAUGUUCAUAAUGGGGUGGAACCCUGAUUUUAGAUACUAUCCUGUCUCCCUUAGUCUAUUUUUUAAAGUACGACACGAGGACUUGCAGGAUUGAUUCACAAUUUUUGGCUUCUCUUCCAGUAAACCAAAAGUUCAUAUUUCCACCAAAGACUAUAAGUGGGAAUAAUGCUAGAGCAGAACUACACCGUUGUGCAUUCUCUGCUGGUAUCCUGGUUGCAGCAAUACUUUAAUGAGACAUGGGCGAUGGGAGCAGCUCCAUACGUGCCUCCACAUCAUCCACCUUUGCAUCUGAGUGGAACUCCGAUAAAUGAUCAAGGUCACGGCAUGAUCUACAUCUGUCUGAUGGUGGGACUCUUCAGUUUCUUUACCUUUGGCAUCAUGUUCAGCUAUAUCCGCUCAAAGAAGGUGGAGAACUCACAGGAUCCGUAUCAUCAGUAUAUAGCUAAAGACUGGGAUAGUAUAGCAUCUCCUGUGGUCAUCAGCAACCCGUCUGCUCUGGGACACCUUCCAGGGUACAGUGGACAACAUCAGGAGUGGGCCUAGAUUGCUGUUGUUGACGUCUUUAAUCUCUACGUAAUAUAAAUCUGAUUUUCUGUUUCAUUAAAUGAAAAAAAAAAAAUAUAUAUAUAUAUAUAAAUAUAUUUAUUUGUCUCUGUUGUUCAUUUAAUUGAAUUCAACAUUGAGUUUUGUUUUAUAAAUGGCAAAGGUUCAUCUCAACUGCAGUCUUAAAAGAGUAGUUCACUUUAAA